AGAAACUUUUUCAAUAUUUAAAACAAUUAAAAAUAUAAAAUCUUCAUCAAUUUUGAUAUUAAAAUAUGGGUUCAGAGAGUGAAGAUUCAGAUGAAGAGGGAGGAUUAGGAAACGUCAACCGACUAAUUAUAAGGCCAGCCGGGCACAGUGGAAAAGCAAAAAAAGGAAAUUUAUGUUUUGAUGCUGCUUUUGAGACGGGAAAUCUGGGAAAUGUCGCAUUAGUUGGAGAAUUCGAAUAUGACCUUUGCUUAAGACCAGACACAUGCAAUCCCCGAUAUCGAUUUUGGUUUAAUUUCACUGUCGAUAAUUGCAAACAAGAUCAACGUGUCAUCUUCAAUAUCGUCAACAUGAAUAAGAAUAAUAAUUUAUUUAAUCAAGGAAUGACUCCAUUAGUGAAGUCAUCGUCAAGGCCAAAGUGGCAGAGAUUACCAAAGCAACACGUCUUUUACUACAAGUCAACAUUACAUCAGAAUCAUCACGUGCUGAGCUUCGCUUUCAUAUUUGAUCGUGAAGAUGACAUUUAUCAGUUUGCAUUGACUUAUCCUUACAGAUUAAUCGAAUUUCUUGCUAUUGCAAAUCAUCCCAUCGCAAAGUUACUUCGUGAAAAUGUUGUGUUUAAAAUCAUUCCAAUGAUAAAUCCUGACGGAGUUUUCCUUGGAAAUAAUCGUGUGAAUGUUUUAGGGCAUGAUUUAAAUCGUUAUUGGAACAACAUUUCAGAUUACACUCAUCCAACUCUUUCAGCUAUUAUGGAACUACUGAAGGAAUAUGAUUCAUCAGAUUGCUAUCAAAUUGACUUUGUGAUUGACAUUCAUGCCCAUACAAGCUUGACGGGUGUUUUUAUUGUCGGCAAUGCUUACGAAGAUGUUUAUCGCUAUGAACGACAUCUUGUGUUUCCGAAGCUUUUCUCCAGUAAAUGCAGCGAUUUCUCAAACGACAACAUGAUUUUCAAUGCUGAUGAUCGAAAGCAGGGUACAGCACGUCGAUACUUAUGUAAUCGAUUAAGUGACAAUGUGAAUAUUUACACGCUUCAAGUGUCAAUGUACGGUUUCUACAUUAAGGGAACGAACAUUAUAACACCAUACACAGAAGCUGAUUAUAUGAAAGUUGGAAGGAAUUUAGCUCGUUCACUUUUGGAAUAUUAUCGAUUCACUAAUAUCCUUCCCAUUCCGCCAUUAAGUGAGAUUCUGUCAAGUCGAAAAGGUCGUCCCAACACUCAUAGACAUAGAAAGAAAUUUAAAAAUAUUUAUCCGACUCGACCUAAGACUACAAGGGAAAAUGCUCCAAUUAAUUAUACUGAUUUGUCAAUUUAUUACGACAGCGACACUUCAGCUGAGUACUCAUCACCAGCUCGUUAUCCAUUUCAUAGUCAUUUCAUGUUGCAACAUAAUCGAUUACGUUUUCAUCAAACUCAUCAUCAAGAUCCAUUCUCACUGUCUUCUCUUAAAUUUGGCAAUCUUGAAUUGAAAUCGAGAGAUAAGAAGAAAAAGAAAAACAAAUCAAAUUUAUAUAAAACUUCGCCAGUUAAGAGCGAUACGCUCAACAUGCCACCAAAGCCUUAUCUUUCAAUCAUAGAUUUUAAUAUGUUGACAAGAGGUGGCUUGGAAGAAGCAACAAAUCGAUCUGUUGAUAAGACCUUGAUUGAAAAUUUCAUUAAAAUGGAUUCGACUUUCUUGUACUAUGCAAUUUGUUUUCUUAUUGCUUAUUGGAUUUAUAAAACUUUCUUCAAGCAAGAUGAUUACUUUAAAAUUCGUGGCGUAGAUAAAGUUGUAGAAGGAAUGACAUUCACAGGCUUCUACAGAUCAUUUCGUGGCCUUGACGAUGGAAUGACCGCACCUCAAAGGCAAUACGACUCGAUGGAAAAUGAAAAAAUCUACGGCGCAUAUCUGUUCACAAGGCCAAUGGUUUCUCUUAGAGAUGCAGAUCUUGUCAAGCAAGUUCUGAUAAAAGAAUUUGAUAGUUUCAUGAAUCAUGAUGAGUUUCUGAGCAAAGGUACUGAUGGAAUUUUCGCUAAAUCUGUGUUGUUGCUGGAGAAUAAUCCCUGGCGGGAAAUGAGAAACACUUUGACUCCAAUCUUUACAUCUGCAAGAAUGAAGACAAUGUUUCAUUAUUUGACUUCUUGUGCCAACGAAUUGAAUACAUUUAUAGAAAACAAAUUGAAAGACGAAGGACGACUUGUCAUUGAUGCAAAGGAAAUGUUUGGCAAGUAUACUGCCGAGUCAAUAUCCACAACCGCUUUGGGUUUUCGAGGCAAUUGCAUUCAAAAAGACGAAUCUGAAGUUUAUAAAAUUGCAAACGCUAUUAAUGAAGAUUUUACGGGAUUCAAAGGAAUGAUGAAAAUGGUUUGGACUGGAAUUUUCCCAAGAGUCAUGAAAUUCUUCAAUGUGCAAAUUUUUCGUCAAUCCACACAUGAUUUCUUCAAAAGAUAUGUAAUCGAUGAGAUUGCGAGAAGGGAAAAGGAAGGAAUAACGAACGUUAAUGAUGUCAUUCAAAUGUUGAUUCAAGCCAAGAACGGCCAACUUAAGUUUGAAGGGGAAAUUGAUGAAGAUUUGGAGCCUGCUAAGAAUUUCAUCGAGAGAAAGCACCUUGAUUGGAGUGACGAUGAACUCAUUGCUGCUCAAGUUUUCAUCUUUUUUGCUGGAGGUUUUGAAACGACAUCAACACUUAUUAAUAUUUGCAGUUGGGAACUUGCAAUGAAUCAAGACAUUCAAAAGGAACUCCUUAAAGAGAUCGACGAAGUGCUUGAAUCGUUGAAUGGUGCAAAUAUUUCUUAUGAAGCGCUGAACAAAAUGAAGAUGCUUGACAUGGUUGUUUAUGAAACUUUGAGGAAAUGGCCACCAUUACCAUUCGGUGGACGUUCUUGCAAUAGAGAUUGUACCAUUAAGACCACUGAUGGACAUUUAAUUGCUUUCAAGAAAGGAGAUAUUGUUCAAUUUCCCAUCCGCUGUAUUCAGCAUGAUCCGAAAUACUUUGAAGAUCCUUCGAAAUUCGAUCCAUAUCGGUUUAGUGAAGAGAACAAGCAUAAAAUUGUUCCAGGAUCAUUCUUAGCUUUUGGUUACGGUCCAAGAGUUUGUAUUGGUCAACGACUUGCUUUGCUUGAAGCAAAGUUGAUUCUCUUCACGGUUCUGAGUAAAUAUUCGAUCGAAGUUUGUGAGAAAACAGUCAAAGAAGUGAAAUAUUCAGCAUCACCAAUGCAGUUUCGAGACAAGAUUUUUGUUGAAUUAAAACCGAGAGUUUAAAUGUUUUACUAAUGAAAACAAAAAUAAAAUUUAUAAACGAAAAUUUGCAUUAAUUCAAUUUCCAGUUAUG